AUAAACAAACCAAUGCAUUGGUUGGGAGCCAAGCAUCGAUUUCAGAUCGGGCAGGGCAACAACACCAACCAGAAGCACCACCACCAUUACCAAUUUUGGUGGGCACUGCGAAGAAAGAAGCGGCGCAGCCAUGAAGCCAUGGAGGUCUGGUCUUCUCAUCUUGGUGAUAGUCUCACCCCUUGUGGUGUCCUGCCUACUGAAGUCGGUUGAGGGCCUCAACAUUGGCCUCCAAAACACUGCUCUUCAUGUUUCUUCUUUGUCGAACACAGGAUGCAGCAGGACAUGCGAGUCAGCCUUUUGCUCAGUGCCUCCAUUUCUGAGGUAUGGAAAGUAUUGCGGACUUCUCUAUACUGGUUGCCCUGGAGAGCCUCCAUGUGAUGGCCUAGACGCCUGCUGCCAGAAGCAUGAUGCUUGCGUUCAGGCCAAACAAAGCUAUCUUGAUUCGGAGUGCAAUAAGGCUCUACUGAGAUGCCUCAAACGGUUCCGGAAGUCCCGCAGGAAAACGUUCAAGGGGAACACUUGCAGCGUGACGGAAGUUACUGAUAUUAUUUAUACAGUCAUUGAAGCUGCACUAAUUGCUGGAGGCAUAAUACAUCAUCAGUAAAAUAUACAAUCAUAACUAUGAGCAUGUAUAUUUGCUCCUGUAAUUCGAACAGCUAAUGCAGUUUAUCCCCCCGUUCUUUUC